CCAUCCCUCCCUGAGCCCGCGGGGAUGCUGCUCUUCUGCCCUGCCUGCGGGAACGUGCUGGUGGCCGAGGAGGGGCCGCGCUGCCACCGCUUCGCCUGCACCACGUGCCCCUACGUGCGCAACGUCACGCGCAAGGUGACGAGCCGGCGCUACCCGAAGCUGAAGGAGGUGGACGACGUGCUGGGCGGGGCCGCCGCCUGGGAGAACGUGGACUCCACGGCAGAGGCGUGUCCCAAGUGCGAGCACCCGCGCGCCUACUUCAUGCAGCUGCAGACGCGCUCCGCCGACGAACCCAUGACCACCUUCUACAAGUGCUGCAGCCCCCGAUGCGGACACCGCUGGCGGGAGUGAGAGAGGCAGGCGGCCAGCCGGCGAGGAGGAGGCUUCUCUCCCCUGGCCUCUGGGGGCUUUGCAAAGGCCCAGAGCAGCUCCUGGGCCUCGCAGAGCGGCCCCAAGGCCCUUGCUCCCCUGCCUCCCCCGGGGGCUUCCCAAUAAACACAGGAGCCGAAGUCUGGGGCCAGAGGGGCUUUAUUGCUCAGAGGGCCCCCCCCACUUGUUCCAGUUGACCUCGUAGGGGAAGACGCGUCCCAGGCGCAGGGCGCAGUCCGGCCGGGGCUCAUAGAAGGCCUCCGUGGGCUGGCUGAGCCGGGGGCCCAGGAGAGGCUGCUCCGGGAGAGGCGCCGAGAAGAGGGAGGCGGCCUUGGGGGGCUCCAGGUGGAACCUGCGGACGCAGCCCAGGGACUCCAGGCCCUGGAGGGGAAGAAGAAGAGGGAAGAGGGCCGUUUAGGGCCAGGAGGGGGCCCUGGCUGGGCUCCCUGGGCCCCCCCUUCUGGGUCUUGGGGGACGCACCUGCAGGAUCUCCAGCAGAGCCACCGGCUGCAGCACGCCCCGGUAGUGGUGCCUGAGGGCGGCCUCCGUGAGGCCAGGCCUGGUCAUGAUGUGGCACAGCACCCCCUCCAUGAUGCCCUUGCAGACCGGCUUGUUCAGGCUGCCAUCCACGAUGCGCCAGGGCCGGCCGAUGAAGGAGAUGCUCCCCCCGGCUCUGUUUGGAGGAAGCAGGGGGCGGGGUCAUUUCUGGAAGGCCCAAGCCUGGUUCCGCUUGGCCACAAGCACCCCAUCACCAUGUUCCCCAAACCCCAUGGCCACUUUGGAGGCCUCCUGCCUUUGGCUUCUCUCCUGCCAGACGGACCUCCACAGCCCUACGCAAGAUCAAGCCAGAGGGAGCUUUGUAUGUCUUUCUGUGCACUGAUAUGAUGACUCUGUGUGUAUGUACACUAAGCUUCUCCAUUAAGACUACGUGCCUUUUAAAUAUACACUUCCCCUGAUAAAAUACGA